UUCUUCUUACUCCCGCAUAGGUGGCGGAAAUGCGCCAUAACGUUUGUUACAACUACAGCCAUUUAACUGAAAGAGGAAAAGUGGAAGGCAGCAGUUAGCUUGACAGCUAAGUUGGACAGCAAUGGAUCCUCUGCUGUGAACAAGGUCAAUGUACAUGGAGAGAAGAACGGUCACCAUGGCGCAUUUGGUGUAUGCUGGUUAACAUGUUAAUAACGCUGUGCUACGUCUAUCUGUGGGUGCGCUUUCACAAGUGCUACUCUGUGCUGAUUCGCAACAGCCUGACCAGACUGAACAGCAGCAGCUUCAGCUUCACAGUGUGCUCCAGCUCGGCCUCAGCACCAGACACAGCACCGCCGAGUCCGGCUGGACGCCACGGAGCCGCCCGCCGGCAGCCCGGUCCGCCUCCAGUCGAGGACAACGUCUUCCUCCAGCUGGGAGACAAGGCUGUCUAUGUGACCGAGCCUCAGGCAUGUGAUGACCUCAGCAAAUGGACCGUGCUGUUGGGGUCCUCUCUGGUUUGUGGUCCACGAAUAGAGAAUAUUUCAUUCAUCAUAGAAGCUGCAGGACACAGAGUGGGCUACCAUUCUCCUCACACAUCGAAUAAGAAAGUGCUGAAGUGGUCUGACUACUGUCUUCCUCUGGCCUGUAGCCCUGGCCAGCCAUUCAGGGCCGUAGCUCAGGCCAGUGUAGAUAACUUCAGUCGGCUCGGGGUGGCUUUUAUCGAAGAUCGUCUUCAGCUGGACAAUGGACUUAUGCCUUCAAAGAUAAUCCCUGUCCUCCUCAAAGAAUCCACUCUCAGUGAGCUGUUGGAGAAGCAGUGUCCACAGAGCCCAAAGACUGAGACAUCACAAUGUCUCUGCAGCACCCAGACUGGAGAGGGUGCUGCUGAGCCUUCGCGCUGUCACCUGUCAGUUGACCAGCAGCAUCUCCAGUGCCGUAAAGGCAGCCUCUUCCUCAGCCCGGACGUAAAGAGGAGGUUAGAGGAGCGAAGAGGGUCCGAGCCGCUCCGCAGCACCAGGGAUCUGGGGCCGGCGUGUGACUCGGAGGACCUCUCCUUGGGGAAUCAUCACCACAUGGAGGACCACAGACACCACCUCCAUCUGUCCAGCUGCCACGAAUGUUUGGAGCUGGAGAACAGCACCAUCCUCUCCGUCAAGUAUGCCUCAGCUGAGAACAUUCCAGACCUCCCCGAUGAUAACUUAGUAGGGCUUGAUAGUGAAGAUGAGACUCUGGAUGAUGUUGAGCAUGAUGCCAAAGGAUCUUCAGGGCAAUUUGACUGUAGUAGCAAACCGCCAAAUAUCCUGCUGUACACUGGUGGUUGCGAUGAGCGUUUCCAGGCGGUUCGUCAGCUUUUAUCAGAGUGUAUAAGCAUGGAAAACAACAUCAUGUAUCCCCUCCUGCCACAGCAGGCACUGAGUGACCCCUGGCUGGACAACACCAGGCUCCUUGUUCUUGCAGAGAAGGAAACCCUGUCCCCAGAACUUCAGACCCGUUUUCUCACAUACCUGAGCCAGGGUGGCAGGGUCCUGGGACUAGCCUCCAGCCUGUGUCCUGCAGGCCUCUGUCUAGAAGGCAGGGAGAGGCGGCAGGGACUGGUCAGCAGGCUGAGCUUCACCAGGGAGGACAGCACAGAGCUGGAACUGAGCGUGUUGGCCAGUGGGAAGGUCUACAUCAGGGAUUCUCAGGGAGGAGGGGAAGUGGAGCUCUGGGGGGAGCUAAAAGGGGACGUCCCUCAUCAGAGGGACAUGGUUGUAGUCAGGGUAACCCAUGGAGGUGACGGUGGGGAAGCUGUCCUCUGUCAGGUCCAUCUGGAAAUUGCUCCUGACUCUCAGAACUUGACGUCUGAAGGUUUUGAUGAACUGAAGGUCAGCAACGCACUGCGUUAUGAAGUCCUGACAGAGAUCCUCACCUCUCUGGGCGUCAGCUGUGAGCUAAACCAGACUCCAGCCCCAAGCCCAGUCCACCUGUUGGCCACCUCUCAGGAGGCCAAAGCCAGCUUCCUGAAGUGGCUGCAGACACGUGCAGAUCAGAACGCUCUCCUCACAUUGCCCAAGGCCUCCUUCAAGAUGGUGUCCUGUUCUGAGCUGCAGGACAGUCCUCCGCUGCCGGAGGGAUCUCUGGCCCUGGUCACCAACUCUUCAGAGUCCCAGAGCUGGCCGCAGUUCAGUAUGGAGACCUACAGCAAGAACCUGAAGAGCAGCCUGCUGGGGCACACCCUGCUGUAUGCCGAGGUCGUCACGUCUACCAUGGACCUGUUACAAGGGCUGACUCUGCACUUGCCAAAGGAUGUGGGUUUAAUAUCGGUAGCUGCUCGACAGAACCAGGGCAGAGGUCGGGGCAGGAACGCCUGGCUCAGCCCUCUGGGUUGUGCCAUGUUCACUCUGACGGUCCAGGUGGAGCUUAGCUCCAGACUGGGACAGAGGAUUCCCUUCCUGCAGCAUCUGGCUUCUCUGGCUGUGGUGGAGGCUGUUCGCACACUUCCUGGAUACCAGGACAUAGACCUGAGGGUGAAGUGGCCCAAUGACAUCUAUUACAGUAACCUGAUGAAGCUCGGGGGAGUCCUGGUGACUUCCACUGUAUUAGGAUCAACCUUUCAUCUGCUCAUAGGCUGUGGCUUCAAUGUGACAAACAGCAACCCAACAGUGUGUAUCAACGACCUGAUCCAGCAGUACAACAUCCAGCACAACUGCUGCCUGCAGCCGCUCAGCUGCGCCCAGCUCAUCGCCCGGACCGUCAGCUGCCUGGAGGACCUCAUCAGCAGCUUCCAGCAGGGGGGCCCCGACGCCAUCCUGCCCACCUACUACAAGAGAUGGCUUCACAGCGGGACUCGGGUGCAUCUCUGGAGCGAGGACGGAGUGCAGGCUGAGGUGGUGGGUCUGGACCAAAACGGCUUCCUCCAAGUGCAUAACAAGGAGCAGGGCUUGGUGUCAGUGGAGCCUGAUGGGAACUCCUUCGACAUGCUGAAGAACCUGGUGGUCAUCAAGCAGCAUUAGGACCAAAACACAGAAUCAUCUUGUUCAACAGACUGAAGCAAUAAGUGAGCUGUUCAGUCUGACAGAAAACUUUAUGUAACUAUAUAUAUGUGUGUGUGUGUGUGUGUGUGUGUAUCUGGCUUUUCUAAUGGAUUCAUAUAUCACUUAAUCUACACCUGGUUUACAGUGGGAGGAUUGGUUAGCUCCUUUUGUUCACCUGAUAUACAAAAUAAAAGUAGAUGGGGUAAUUUGUUGAAAGACAUACAGUGCUGGUAACAGGGUUUAAAGGCAGCUAGAAAUAUCUGCAUCAGAGAUGUAUCGAUAGCACAUUCAUGGGUUUGAUUAUGACCUGCUGAUUGGGGACCACCAGUUCAAACCAUUAUCUCACCACUUGUACUUCUUUUUGGGAGCAAUACAUCUUGUACACCUCAUUUGAACAGCUAACCCCAUUUUACUGUUACAUAACAGGAGUAAUCAUUGCAGCUUUUGCUCUUGCUAAUUUCAUUAAAAUAAAUAUUUCCACAGAAAUGUGUUGUUUGUCUUUCAGUAA